UCUCCGUCCUCUCUGUAGUCUCAUUCCGUGUCUCUCUCCAUCAGCAGCGGUCUGGAUGCUUGCAGGGACAGAAACAUGGCUGUGAAUCUCGGCAAGAACAGACUGGCCCUGCUGACCGCCUACCAGGACGUCAUUGACGAGACCUCGGACACCGACUGGGCCUUGUACACAUACGAGGAUGACACUAAUGACUUGACACUGGCAACAUCAGGAGGGGGCGGUCUGGCAGAGAUCACGCUGACCUUUGACAGCGCCCGGGUGAUGUACGGCUUCUGCAGCCUCAAGGAUCCCACCGCCGCGCUGCCACGAUACAUCCUCAUCAACUGGGUCGGGGAAGACGUGCCGGAUGCCAGGAAGUGUGCGUGUGCCAGUCACGUCGCCACCAUCGCAGACUUCUUCCAGGUUUCCGCCUCGUCUCUCCAGGGAGUGGAGGUCAUCGUCAACGCCAGCAGUCUGGAAGACAUCGACCCGUCAGCCAUCGGGCAGCGGCUGACCAAUGGGACGGCGGCGGUGGCGAGUCCAGUCCUGAGCCGCCUGAGAACCCGAGAGGAAGAACAUGGAGACGUGGGCACAGUGUACCAGAAGACCAACGCAGAGGUGGAGAUGAAGAAAAUCAAUAGAGAGGAGUUUUGGGAGCAGGCCAAGCGCGAGGAGGAGCUGAGGAAGGAGGAGGAGAGGAGGAAGGCGGCGGAGGAGCGGCAGCGCUUCGAGGAGGAGCGGAUGGAGCUGGAGAGGAAAGAGCAGGAGAACCGGGAGAAGAGGUACCGCGAGAGGGAGCAGCAGAUCGAGGAGCACAGGAAGAAGCUGCAGGACGAGGAAGAGGCCAGAGAGAGGUCGCGGAACCAGGCCGCCAUAGCGGCGGAGCCGAGCCUCGAGGACCUGAACCUGGACAAGAAGGAGUCUGAGGUGGAGGAGGCGAAGGCCAUCAUCGCUCAGCGGUCAGGAAACCCCCGAGAGUUCUUCAAGCAGAAGGAGAGAGCCAUGACCAUCAGUGUGGACACCUCGCCCGUCUCCAUCCACAGGACCGGCCGUUUGGACAGCCCGUUCUUGAGGCAGCAGCACAGUCCCAGCAGCCCCAGUCCACCUCCCCUGCCCCGGGGCGUGUCGCCCCUCCGCACCCCGCCACACGCACGGACGCAGCCCGCCGCUGCAGCCGGGGACGAUGACGAUGACGACGAAGCGAGCACAGAGCGCAACAUGGCCGCCGUGUCACCCAUCCCUAAAAUAGUCACCACGCCCAUCAAAGAGGACCUCAGCCGGGAGGAGGACGACGUCAGAGACGAGUGGGAUUCAGUGCCAAAGCAGGAGCAGAAACCUCCGGUCCAGGAGUCGACAUCCGCCAAGCCCGUGCAGAGCGUCGCCCCGCAGGCCCGCGACUCCUCCGGCUUCUCGGCGUGGGAUUCUGGGACAGACAAUCUGGUCAACCUGUGGGACAGCAGUUCCGCUCCUCCCGCAGACCCGUCCCAGACCUCCCAGUCCUCCAAUCUGGUGGACCUGAUGGGCGACGCUGAUGUCGUUCGCGAUGACGUCCUGCCCAGCGCCGCCGCUGCCACCGCCACCGGCGGCAGCCGGCCUCAGCCCCUCCUCAGCUUCGAUGAGAUGAUGGACGGGACUCUCUGCUCGGCCACCAGCGCCGAGGACGACCCGUCCAGCUUGGUGGACGUGACGGGCUCCGACCAGAUGACCCUCAGCUACCAGCAUGCACUGCAGCACGCGGCCGGGGAGGGACAGGAGCUGGAGGAUGGACAGCUGCUGAUGACCAAUGGGGAGACGCUGCUGAAAGAAGGGACACAGGCGAGCGAGGGCUACUUCAGCCAAUCACAGGAGGAAGAAUUCGGCCAAUCAGAGGAGUCCUCAGCCAAACCAGCGCCGGUCUUUUAUAACAAGCCACCAGAGAUUGACAUUACGUGCUGGGACACGGAUCCCGUGGUCGACGAUGACGACGACUAACCGGCCAAUCAGACACCACCACCACCACCGGACCAAGAGGAAGUAGGAAGUGCGCUUCAUGAAGAAACAGAUUUUUUUCUAAAAAACAAAACACAAACAAACAAACAAACAAACAAAAAAAAAAGUAAUAAUAAUAACAACAAGUCUUGCAUCAAAACUACUUCUGUAUAAUCUUUUAGAGGAGAAGAACAGUAGCCACAGAAAAAGACAGGGUUGGAGUUGUUGUUGACGACGGUUUGGAGGCUCAGUUAUGGGGGUUUUUUUCUGUGUGUUUGUUAUUUUAUUUAUUUGUUUUUUUUUCUUCUUCUUCUUGUUUUUGCUAUGCAGAUGUAAUAGCUGGGAGCUGGGGGGGGAACUUCUGUUUGUGUACAAGGUUUAUUACACGUUAACGUAGCGCACCGCUGCAUAUUAGAGACAAUGAAGCCCAGUGUGCGGCAGGCAGCCCACACACCUAGUCUGUAGUGCUUUAAUAACACCCUAUAAAACUAAUACCGUGGAUCAUUACAGCUCAUGUAUGUCUUCACUCUCUGUUUCUUUUCUUACCUCUUUUUUCACAUCCCUCCCUUCUUCUGCCUUCCUCCCAGAAACACUCACUUCUGCAAGUCAGUUAAUCUUGUAUUUAGUGGAGAAAAGGUGAAAUAUUUUAUUUAUUCCGGUGUAUCUGAACUUCUUUUACGAACAGAAGAAGAAGAAGAAGAAGAAGAAGAUGUGUUUCUCAUGAUGAAAUUCCUGAAACAAGUCAAACUGUGGCUCCUUCUGACCUUUUUCACUCCUUUUGUAUGAUUUUAAGACUGAAUUCAAGAUUAAAUGGCUUGUAAAUCUG